CCAACCGAUUGCAAUCAGGAGGUUUCCGGGGGGUCUCUUCAGAGCGAGCUUCAUAUUCCCUGGCUUCCCCAACAGUUUCCUUCGCCAUGAUCCUUCACUACCUUCUCAGCCUUUCGUCGUCGUAGGGCCAGUAGGCACCACACGUUGCCUUUUCCCCCUGCAAGUCGGCCCUUUGGUCCAAACACCUAUCGUUACAGGGCUGAAUUUUCAUCGCAUUUUCUAUCGCGAAUUUCUUAUUACUUAGUUGCGCCAUCUCCUGAGAAUCACAUUAUGGCUUCCUUGGCAAUUGCUUUUCAGCUACCACUACUCUUGUUCCGCAGACAGACCAAGUCGGAUCGCAAGUCACACCACACACGCGAUCGAAAUGAGCGCCCGCGACUCUGCAAUUAUGAUGAGCUGCCGGAUUGGUAUAGGCUGUCGGAGAGCCCUUACAUUCUAACACAUUACCGGCCACCGAGCAAUAGCUGCCAGACCUCCAUACAGUCCUUGUUUCUCUACCUUCACAAUGAGACGAUGAAUACAUGGACCCAUUUGCUUCCAGCUCUUGUUCUAGCUCUUGCGCUACCUUUGCUUCAAUUCCACAUCUCCAGGAUAUAUGCUGAAGCACCCUGGAUCGACCGCUUCAUGUUGACCCUUUCGCCCAUGGCCGCCCUCAUCACUUUUUCUCUGUCAGCAACAUACCACACACUCAACAACCAUUCGCCAUUCGUAUCAUCUUCCUGCCUGCUCAUGGAUUUUGGCGGUAUUCUCGUUCUUAUCCUGUGCUCCUUUGUCAGCGCUAUAUACAUGGGCUUUUACAACUUCCCGUUCGAGCGUCGCCUUUACUGGACCAUGAUCGGAGUCUUGAUAGCGACCAGCGCUCUUCUCGUUCUACACCCGCGCCUCCAGGGCAUGAAAUACCGCACUCACCGCACAUCGGCUUUUGUACUUACCGUGCUUUCCGGCUUCGGACCCACCUUCCACGGCAUGUACAUACACGGCGUGAGCAAAGGGUUCCAUGAAUGCGGAAUCAAGUGGUGGCUUGCAGAGGGUUUCUGUUAUGCGGUCGGAGUCGUCUUCUUCGUGAGCAGGUUUCCCGAGAGAUGGGCUUGGUCAAGCACGCCUGGUGCGGACGGAGUGUGGUUCAAGAGAAGUAGAUUUGAUGUCUUUGGCGGUAGCCAUCAGAUCUUUCAUAUAUGCGUUGUCCUGGGCGCUGCUUGCCAUUGUUUCGGCGUGUGGGAGACCUGGAAAUUCGCGGUUUGAACAUGGACGCAAACAAAAUUCCUCUUGACGAUGGAACGCAGCAAUCAUGUCAAUUUUCUUCAACUUAGUAUAAUUUAUAAUCAUCAAUGCAUCGCGUACGCUCCGUGCGAAUCAUGCUCUUUGUUCACGCUGACAUCACCCUUGUUUACCGCCUCGUUCUUCUGAUCAACGGCUGGCACGCCGCCAUGCUGUAUAUGCAUGCUGAUCAUCCUCAAGCGGCUAUAAUGCAGUAAGCUCACCUUCCGAGAGCAGGCAAACAACGUGACACGGAGACUGACACGCUUUUCUAUCACGUGCACUU